UAUUGCGUGGUAUCAGUUAUAGCGUAACUGUCGCUGGGCGCGGACAGCCGGCCGUGACAGUCCGAGGGAAUAACUUACUAUAAGUGACACGUAACUGGCUGUAGUUUUUGUAAAGGAUUCAUUUUCUAAUCACAUGGAGCAGAAAAAACGUCCAUGCAAUUAAAGAAAUUAAGAAAACAUUAAACGAUCAAAAAUUAGCUUAACACAUUUAUAGCCCACCGACCAGCCACCUGGAGGCGGUCACAGCCAGUUGACCACUCGCAUCUCAGCUCUACCAUGACGUCGUAUGGACGCGAUAACUAUGGCUUCUCCUAUGAAGGAGGAAGCGGAGUGGUCGAGGAGGACACACCCAGCCCGGCCUACAAAAAGAGAUGGUCGUGCUGCCGGGUGACUCUUCUGAUGCUAGGAGUGCUAUCAGCCUCGCUUGGGACCGCUAUGCUUUCAGGGGGCUACAAUGCUAUGUUCAACGCCAUCCUCAAGUCGCAAAUGGAGAUUCAACCUGGAUCCACGUCGUAUGAUAUAUGGCACUACACCCCCGUGCCACUCUACCUCCGCUUCUAUUUCUACAACUUCACCAACCCUGACGAGUUCAGUAAAGGAGGGAAGGCCGUCCUGGACGAGGUCGGGCCUUACUGCUAUAGAGAGUACCACGAGAAGCAGAACCUGACCUUCCACCCCAACAACACGGUCACGUUCUUCCAGCAGCGGUGGUGGCUGUGGGACCAAGGGUGUUCCGGUAAUCUUUCUCUCGACGAUAUUAUCACCAGCUUAAACACCGUUCCCAUUUCGGCAGCGUGGAGUGUGAGAAACAAACCAUUAAUGCUGACAGGUCUUAACAGCAUCUUGGUCUCACAGAAGGAAAACUCUUCGCCAGAGCCACAGUACAUGAGACGCUUUUCGAUGGAUACCAGCGUCUAUGUGUGUGUAUGUUUAUGUCUUUCCCAGGAUCCUCUGCUGGACUGGAUGCAGAAUAACAUAGUAAACAUCACCAAUAUCUCUAACAUUCUACCUCCUGGCCUUACAAACUACGACAAGUUUGGCUGGUUCUACAAUCGUAAUCUUUCUCUCACAUACGAUGGCCUCUUCAACAUGUUUACCGGGGAGGAUACACUUGACCACGUAGGACUGAUUGAUUUGUGGGACAAUGGGCGUAACACCACCUUUUUCGACUACCCAUGUAACAAAGUGACGGGGUCGGCGGGAGAGAUCUGGCCUCCUGGCUUAAAGAAGGACUUUAUCGAGUUCUACAGUUCUGAUCUAUGCAUGAGCGUGAAGCUGUUCUACAAGGGGGAGGUGACUGACGUCAACGGCCUGCCGGGAUACCGCUACUGGGGCACCAACUACACCUUCGCUAAUGGCAGUGUGGUCGAGGGCAACGAGUGUUACUGUGUCAAAGGCACUUGUGCCCCUACAGGCCUCCUGAACGCCGAGUCGUGUCGUAUGGGUUCUCCAGCAUUUAUCUCCUUCCCUCACUUCUACGCUGCCGACCCCUUCCUGCUGGACGGUGUGACGGGCGUCUCCCCUCCUGAAGCAGAUAAACACGCCUUCACCAUGGACCUCAUACCGGAGCUUGGUACACCGAUGUGGGUAUCGGCAAGGAUGCAGAUCAACAUGUAUGUUAGACCUUACCCAGGCAAAUUUAAAUUGGGAAAAAUAACUAUUCUCAAGGACGUGCCCAAGGUAUACCUACCGCUCUUAUGGUUCGAGGAGGUAGCCGGCGUACCUGAGGAUAUGGCCAGCCAGCUCUCCUUACUGCUCUUCAUCAUGAAAACACCGACCAUGACCAUCAUCUUCUCCAUCAUGUUGGCGCUCGGAGUCCUCACCAUCCUCCUCGCCAUCUUUGCCCGCUGCUGAGACACCACAAUCCUGAAGAAGUAUCAAUAUACGUUUAGCUGCAUA